UUUUUCUAUUUUAAAGUGACAUCUGUUUUUGUGUCCAUUAAUCCUUUGAUCUCAAGUCCAUCCGACUGUAAUUUUAACUUUGGUCUCUCACCAUUUAUCAUAGUUUGCCGCAAUAUCUGGCUUUUGGUAUCUUCAGAAUCCCUCUGAUCCGUAAGAGCAGCUCUAUCUAUUAAAUGGCUUGCUUGAGUUUUGGGCAGUCUGUUGUAUCAGGCUUAGAGUUUUAUUCUAAAUGUUUUUCGGAAGGAAAACAAAUGGCUCAGGUUUUUGGUUGAGCCCAGAGCAGAGCCUGUUUUCAGGUGUUAAGGAGUUGCUCUGCAUUUCUUUGGAUGACCUGCAUUCCCAACCCUUACAUCCAGUCGGUUCCUGCCAAGCCUUCCACAUUUCAAGGGAAAGUUCCUCCCAGAAUCGUGAUGACUGAAGAAGGUAUCCUUUAGGAACCGUUUGCUUCCAGUCCUUAGGGAACGACAGGCUGGUUCACAGGCUUUUUGUGCUGUGUCUGUGCCAGCAUAACUGGACUGUCAGUAUUAAACUCUAUAUCCACAGCAGCUCUUAUCCAUGUAUAAAGUACAGAUCUGGACCUUAAAUGCCUUUUUGCAUUCAGCAUUCGCAUUUUUAAAAGAGUUAACAAUUCAAUUAAAAUCCCUCUAGUAGUUGGAUCUGACCUUGCUUUACUUAGAGCCACAGUUAAUCUUUGUAAAAAGCCAGUGGAAGGCAUUUGAACCCUGGGUUAUCUUUAUAAGUGACUGAACUCUACCCUGUUGUUCAACCUCAUCCCAUGCAUGUAAGGUUAUUAUAAGGCACUGUUUUGGGACAGCAUCAUCAAGGGAAAUCUGUACUCUCAAUUCCCAAUACGGGGACCUCCCCUUAGUAACUGAUCCUUGACAAUAUCAAUGCCUCUUGUCCUAUUUUGUGGAUUCAUGAUUGAAGCCUCAUCUUUCCAUCAUGUCAGCCAUUGUCACUGAAGGCCAGGCCCUAAGAUGGCUGGCAUCAAAUCUCCAGUGGUUUGGAUUACAUGAUGUUGUGUGGCCCAGUUAUUACAUAAGGUGAAUGUAAGCCACAGAUCAUUACUGCUUCCUUAAACUUUAAAAUCCUGUGCCUCUGUAAGUUCCGACUCAAAUUCUUGAUAACCCUGUGGAUUUCAGGUUUUUUUGUUUUUUUGUUUUUAACAGAUAGAGACUGCCCUUUUCAGUCUUGUUACAUGCUGGUGCUUGUUACAUUCUGGCCUUCCUCUGUCUAUCUCACUACCUCUCUCAAUUCUAAUUUUUUCUAAUUUUUUUCCUAAGGCCCAUCUCCAUUUUUUUUUUAUAUUUUUCUACUUGUAGCUCUGCUAUCUUAGUAUUUUCUUCAUUUUAUUUAUAAAUCUUUCCAAUUUCUCUUCUAUGGCUUGUCUCCAUUUCUCAUAUCUCCUCUUGUAUCUCUACUACUAUAAAAAUUUCCUCAUUUUCAUUUAUAUUUUUUCUAAUUUUCUAAGGCCUAUAACCUACCUACAAUUCUAUCUUCCAGUCUUAUCUAAGUCUGUUUUCUUUUGAUCUCUUUUUAAAAGGAUAUAUAAAAUUUUAACCGUUAUUAAAAAAAAUAAUUUCUAUGCUGAUGUGUAUUGUGAAAUUAUACGCACUCCAGAUGCCCUGUGCCAUUUUGUCUCUUUCCACUUUUAACAUGGAAAAUAUUUUUCCCUUUAAUCUCUAACUCCGUAAGGACUUCGACUUCCCAAUUUUAAAUAAUCUAUCAUGUUUUAUAUUUAGUCUCUUUCCUCUUUUAUUUUCAAACUUAAUUCCUUACCAGUUCAGAAGUUUGGGGCUUUUUAGUUCCACAGCAGCUGUGGGAAAAAAAUGUCUCUUUUGCCCUUUAGUUUGCAGGCUCCACAGACCAGCAAGUGUCUAUGGCAUUUAACUUCACCCACUCAGCUCAGUUCAGGAGGCUGCCCAUUGGUUCCACCUUCUGCUGGCCCUACCCAGGUCUUCCCCAACUGCAGCCUACGGUCUAAAGGCUUUAGGUCUUUAUUUGCAGCCACCGGCCGGAAGCCAAGCCUACUUCCCCAGCUCUGGGUCGCAAACUGCGUUUGGCUAGUGCAGCUCUGAGAAGUUGCUCACCUGCGGGACACACCAGAGGCUCGUAGCAAGCCGCUGCCUGACUCUGCAGCCGCGGUAGGACCGCCCGGGCCGCCGCACUACACAGGCUGGGGUGCGUUCCGGCUUGCUACCCGCAGUUGCUCAAGUGCUCAGCCAGCCGCUGCGGGAAAUCUUAAAGGAGCCCUGCCUGGCUUUCUAGUUCCCUGCCGCUGUCCAGAACUUUUCUAAAUUGCUGACCCCCGCAAUGUCGGAUGCACUCGCGGCAGAAGUUGUGGCCGGAGUCGGUCAUCACCAUAAACUUUGGCUGUUUCCUGACUAUGGCAUAAAUUAAUCAUUCUGUUAUUCUAUUCUAAGUUCUGUCACAUGUAACUGAUUACCUGGUCGUCAGUUUUUGCUGCUAUCUCCAUCGGCUCUUCUGGGGCCUGUGUGGAUCCCAGCAUCCACCCCGCACCCUCUUUUCCAGCUAUCCCACCUUCUAAUUGCCUGCCUAAGCUCAUUGGCCAAUCAGCUUUUUAUUGCCAGGCAAAUGUUUUUUACACAAUGCCCAAGAUCACCUACAGAACCCACGGCCAAAUUUGGCAGGACCCGGGUCUGGGGGAGCGGGGACACCACCUGCGGAAAACUGUCACCAUGAAAAUGCGAUCUCUUGCACUAUAAUUCGAUCCCAUUCCCGAGCCGUGUGGUAAACAGCGACUAAUCCAAGACAAAAGCGGGUUCUAAAAGAAUAAUAAAAGCCAGUUUUCUGCUUCCGCCGCGGUUCCUAUUCCGGCGGAAGUCUGCGAGCCCAGUGCCGGAAGUACCCACUACCCAGGAGGCUAAGAGUGCCGCUAUCUGCUCCGGGCCCGCUCCUCCUGCGCUCUCUCUGCGGAAUAGCUUGAUUGCCCCCCGGCACCACGAAGAGCCUGAUCCAGGCGCAGCCGCUAGCACCAUGGCCGCUCCAGACUUGUCCACCAACCUCCAAGAGGAGGCCACCUGCGCCAUCUGCCUUGAUUACUUCACCGACCCAGUGAUGACUGACUGCGGCCACAACUUCUGCCGGGAGUGCAUCCGACGUUGCUGGGGCCAGCCGGAGGGCCCGUACGCGUGCCCCGAGUGCCGCGAGGUGUCGGCGCAGAGGAACCUACGGCCCAACCGCCCGCUCGCCAAAAUGGCAGAAAUGGCACGGCGCUUGCACCCGCCUUCGCCCGUCCCCCAGGGCGUCUGCGCGGCGCACCGGGAGCCGCUAACCACCUUCUGCGGCGACGACCUCAGCCUGCUGUGCCCCACCUGCGAGCGCUCGGAGCACUGGGCUCACCGGGUGCGACCGCUGCAGGAGGCGGCGGACGACCUCAAGGGGAGGCUGGAGAAGUCACUGGAGCACCUGCGGAAACAAAUGGAGGAUGCGAUGCUGUUCCAAGCCCAGGCUGAGGAAACCUGUGCCUUGUGGCAGAAGAUGGUGGAGAGCCAGCGGCAGAAUGUGCUGGGCGAGUUUGAGAGGCUGCGCCGCCUACUGGCAGAGGAGGAGCAGCAGCUGCUGCAGAAGCUGGAGGAGGAGGAGCUGGAGGUUCUGCCCCGCCUGCGGGAAGGAGCUGCACGGCUAGGCCAGCAAAGCACGCAGCUCGCGGCCCUCGUCUCAGAGCUUGAGAGCCGCUGCCAGCUGCCAGCACUGGGUUUAUUGCAGGCACGCAGCAGGCCCUGUACCUGCCUGCCACUGGGCUGCCACUCGACUUGCAGUACGUCCCCAAGUCCCAGCCACUUGCAAACCUUCUGCCUCUCCCACUGACCAUGACCAUGCUGCCGCCUAAUGAGCCACACUGUGCUCUAUGGAGGGAGGGUGGCGAACAGACAGACAUACGGAGAGACAGAGAGACAGAAGGUUCAGAAUGAGAAAGCAUUUGUUCACAACAGACUCAAGUCUGCAGAGAGCAUGCCCUCCCCAUCUCUCCUGUACACUCCACAGCAGCUAAGGCAGGCACCCCAGAAAAGUGCUCUUGGGUCUCCAUGGAGAUGGGCACAGCGGGGAUGCUCCAGUUCCUUGAAUAAAAGGGUGUAGUGUUGGGUAUCAGCCAUGCACGCCUUCCUUCAUGACUGCUGACCUGAAAUUCUGAAUGUUCUGAUCGUGCUGCUGAGUAGCUGCUGUGAGGUUGGGAUAAGGAGAAGGGCAAGCGCCACGUGUUCCGCCCCCGUGGGCUUUUACUUUCAGUCUACAGUUGGUUGAGUCUGCAGGUGUGAAGCCAGGGCAUUCACUGAGGUGGGCCACGUAAGAAGUCCCCCUCACUCAGCUUCUCCUUUUCUUAAGCUGACCACAGUUGCAGGCCCCAGUGUACACAGCCACGUGGACGUGGCUCAGCCUGUGUGCUUUCAAGGGAGGGGCAAGAUAGAACUUGUUUCACUGGAGGAGUCUUGACAUCUUCAUCCUUGUUCUCGACCCCUGAGAGCUCUCAGUAGGGACUUCUGGCCUACCCCUUUCAGCUUGAGACACUCUUAGACUCUCCACUCACCCCUGGAUGUUCAAGUAUCUUUGUAGGGUGCUGCCUCCCUUUCUGUUACAACGAUGUGAGACAGGGGAGUCGAGGUCAAACAACAGCCUCUGAGAGGGGCUCUCAGAACCCUCAGGACAAAUCACCUCAGGAAAAUGCUCCUCAUAAUCCCGCAUGGUAGGGAGUACGUUGUGAUGUGCAUCUGGAGAGAGAUAUUCAAACUGUAGCUGGUCCCUUAGCCCUCAGCAUAUCUCUCGCUCUCGCUCUCGCUCUCCCUCUCGCUCCCCCUCCCUCCCUCCCUCCCUCCCUCUUCUGCUCCCUCCCAACCCUUGACCCAUUAGAAUUAUUCCCAAGAUGUGAGCUCCAACCCUGCUCUUCUCUAGAUCUUGGCUUCUCUUCAUGUUCCCUAAACCAGACCACUUGGUCCCCCUACACUGUCUCAGAGUACUCUAGAUGACCAUGAAACAUGACUCUUAGUUCUAGGGCCUUUUAGCAGACUCAGGGCUUCAGUCUCCCCGUUUGUCCAGUAAACAUUGAUGAGAUUCAGGGGAUGACUGCUGAGAGGUCACUCAGAGGCUGUGGGGUUCACCGUCCCUUCCUUAGGGGCUCAGCUUUGCUUUGUCCUCCCCCACGCCCCAGUGCCAUCUACCUGGUGUAUGGAUCCAGGCAUCUGAGACUGACUCUUGGCCUUCCAUGCAGGACAGAGGCAGUGUGUUCCCUCUAGGGCCCAGAUGUCCAGGUACACAGCAGGGACUUCCUCAUUGGGAAGAGACACCUAGGGACUUCAACCUUUACCAAGCUGUCAUGGUUAGAGCCUGACAGACAAAAGGCUCUGCGCUCCUGGAGGGAGAACUAGGGAAGCGGAGAGGACUGAAGACAGAGGCCUGUGUCCGUAAAGCUCAGUCUCUGACAGCCAGAAGUGAGGAGAAGCCCUGGGGUGGAGUGCUGAGUGCCGAGAGAGUUUUGUGUGUGUAACUGACUGCUAAUGUGCACAGGUAUUUUAUUUCUGGGGUACAGUGUGAUGUUUCCCCAUGUGUGUACAGACUCUGCACUGAUUAAAUCAGGGGUGCCUCUCACCUGGUCUUUUUGUCUUUUUUUGAGUGCUGAACUCAUUCAAAUCUUAGUUCUGGGAGAAGGUCUCACAAGGCCCUACCCCUCCUUGAAGAUGUCUAUACUUUGCUGUAUGUUGGGUUUUUGAGUGACAUACCCACUGAUAAGGUGCCCAUACUCUUGUACGCAGCCAGGAAGGCUCACUGGUACAGACAGUCAAUAGGAAAGACCAAACUUGUUCUGUGGUGCAUCGGAUGUGAUAGGUGCAUAUAAUGUUAACCACAGUCAGCCUCCUGGGCUCUCUUAGGAAGACGGGGAGGCUUGGAAAUGGGGGUCUAUGUGAGCACCAGGUUUAGACUUGUUGCUGUGUAUGUGGUUUCAGCCAUCCACUCAUGUCUCACUACCAGGCUAGCUGCCACCUGUGUCCCCAUACGUAAAGUACUUUACACACGGAACUUUAUUUCCUUAUGAUUCUAGGCGCCAGAAGUAGAAGACCAGGGUGUCAGUGGGGUUAGUGUGUUAACUUAUUUUGUUGCUGUGAAACGCCCAAGGCUGGAGACUGAAAGUCCAAACAGCAUGCUGGCAGCUUGGCAGGGUGGCACCUUGGUGUGUCAUGUUAUGGCAAUGACAUCAUACUUUAAGGACAUGAACGAGGGAGAUUGCUUAGUGAGACAGGAGGCUAGAGGAGAAGAAAAGGCCAAUGUGCUCUUAACUCUUAUAAGAGCUAACCAGGCUCCUUGUGAACUGUAUUAUAUUAAUUCCUUCCAACGGUAAGCCCCCACACCUUCUUUUAAAUUGUAUCUCUUAAACGCCACACCACUUCUUAACAUCUUCACAGGGACCAAAUGCCUAUGCAUAUCUAGGACAGUUACCACAAACGACUCAUAGAGGUUGGUGUCUCUCAAGGCCUCCGUCUUCUCCCAUGUUCUCACCUGUCACUCCUCUGCAUGUCUGUCCUUGUGCAAGUCACCAAUCACAGUUGUCAGUCACAGAUACUGCUCUAGAGAGACAGAUUCUGGGGUGGCAGGAGCUUUUAUGUCCCUUCGUGUUUGGCAGGGGCGAGCAGUAGCGGCAGGCAGGAGGAGGCAGCAGCACAUGGCCCUCUGGUGUCCUUGAUGGAUAGGUCCUGGACCUACGAGCGUUCUGGUGGGCCUAGGGAGUGGAGACCCCUCUGCUGUCCUUGUUGCAGGCAGUGCUGCGGCUGCUGGGCAGGCCUGGGUAUCAGGAUUCCGUGACCCUCAACACCAGCCAGUGUUGAGCUCUUGUCCCAACGCCACUUGGCCCAAGGGUCACUCAGACCCUUGACCGUAAGGAUUUGACAUCUCCCUGGAUCUCUUGGCCAGGACCUGAGGUUUCUGGUAUCUUUUUUUUUUUUUUUUUUUUUUUUUUUUUUUUUUUUUUUUUUUUCGGAGCUGGGGACCGAACCCAGGGCCUUGCGCUUCCUAGGCAAGCGCUCUACCACUGAGCUAAAUCCCCAACCCCUGGUUCUUUUUUUUUUUUUUUUUGGUUCUUUUUUUUUUUUUUUUUUUCGGAGCUGGAUGGUAUCUUAAACCCAUUUGUUUUUUAGCUGAGUCUCAUUGCCCUCUCUCUGUCCCUCUGCGUAUUGUAUUGCCACCCAUCCUCCUCCUCAGCCACCUGACUGGGCAGCAUCUGCUGUCUCUGUUGCUGCCUUUCAAAUAUCACCAGCUCAGCCGGUGUCGCUGAAUGAGGUGAGAAGAGACCACUAGAAGAGAGUCUUGUUGGCCUGUUGGAGUCCUGGAGAAGCAGACAGGAGGGUGCCUCUGAAGCCGGCACGCCACGGGAGCAAUACAGCCUAUUUCUGAAGUAGAGACAGGAUUUCUCUAUCACUAACAGCUUUGCCUCCAAGCACCAGUCGCAGCGUCCUGUGAGGCCACCAGGGGGCGUGCUACCCCAGGUUCCUGAAGGAGAGUCUCAGAGGCUGUUCUUGCCUCAGGAGCAGGAGGGUCUGUUGCAGUGUUUGCAUAGCUGGGGACUAUGGAGGGCUGAGAUGACAUGGGUGGUUAGGGCAGCAAGGGGGAGUCCAACAGCUGCAGUUAGGGAGUAAACGGCCCAUCCUUCAGCAUCUUUUCGAGUCUUCAGGAAAAUGAAUGUUAGAAGUGCUUAACAGUAAGACUUGGAACGAUUAAUGCUAAUAGUGAUUUUUUUUUUAAAGAGAUUUUAUUGGUUCAAUACACCCAUGCAGUAGAUCUUGAGCUUGUCCACUCUGACUCCCCUCACACCCCGGCAUCCCCUUCCCCUCCCUCCCCCCAGCACAUACUCUUGCCACCUUCUUGUCUUCUUCUCUCCCUCACUGUCUUUAUUUAACCUACUGAGUCCAGUUCGUGUUGCCCAUAUAUGAUGGGCAACCUACCAGCAGCCUAGUGCGCCCCUCCCCCACUGGUGCCGGACUUCCCGACUGGCUUGGUCUCGUGCAGGUCACCCCAGCUGCUGUGAGAUCCUAAGUGGCAUGUCCAGAAGCAGCAUUUCCCAGCCCUCCUCUCCGUCCUCCAGCUCCGGCACCUUCCCCUCCCCAUGGCCUGUGACGGGGAGCUGGGUGGGGAUGUGCAUGCAGACGUGAAUGACUCACUUAGGGUUGAACACUCAGUGGUCACUUACUCUCGGCACUCUAACUAGUGUUGAGGCUCUGCAUUGACUGCUGCGCACUGGAGAGAGGCUUCUCUAGCCGAGGCGAGAGCAGCAGUUAUCUGUGGAUAUAAAUGUAAA